UUGAAAUUUCAACGCGUAGGCUUCCAGGCUCGAGCGAAUAAAAAUUUAUAGCAUUGAAAUUAUUUUUGUGAUUUUACCUUGAAAUUAACCGUGCAGAUAUCUAAAUUAUAAAUUCAAUAAUUAUUGUAGCUGAAGUUCAAUUUCGAUAUGGCAAAGGCUCCGUGCUGUUGGGCAUCCAAUGAGAUGGACAGGGACAAGGAGAACUAUAUUCGCUGUUCGACUAGACAGAAGCCUAACGAUAAGGAUACCGACAACAAUAAAAAGGGUAAAAAGGACAAAGGUAUGUGCUGCGGCCCAGCAUUUCGAUUGCAAAUGGCCAAGGACGCUGAAAGAGAUCUAAGCCAGGAAAUCGACGAACAGUGUGGCCCUUCCAAGGCCAAGGGCAAGAAAAAGCCCAAGCCCAAGAAAGAGUUAUUCCGCUGCUUCACAGCGAACAUGAUCUGCAUGAAGCUGAACAUGCCCGGACGGGACUUUGAGUGCCCCAGUCUCCUGAAGAUAACUGCCAGCAUUUGCAAGGGUUGCAAGCCGGUCAUGUGUGCCGAUCGCAUUAAUGUUAACUGCAUGCCCUGCGAGCCCAGCGCUCGAUUCUCAAUGCUGUCCGAGUGUCUGGACAAGGAGCUAUCGGAGGGCAUCACUCUGGUCGUCUCCUACAUGAAGAAAGAGAUCGGUCGUGGUUGCUAUGUCAUGCCGGACUCGGUCAUACGCCGAAUAACUGACACAUUCCAGGAGGUCGUCCAUACCGCCGAAGUGGAACUGACCUGCAAAGGCUGUACUGUGGGCAUGUGCACGGUACGCCUUUCGAUGACCAUGCGUUGUCAGAACAUCGAUGACGACAACGACGACGACGGCGGAGACGACUGUUGUGGCGAUAUGUUUGGGGACACCUCUCAAAGCUUUCCCACCUCCUCUGAUCCGUGCCAGGGAUUCUAUAGCAUUGACGAACAAUCCGGUGAUGCGUCUCCCUUUUGUCGAACGUCCAGCAACAACAGGUUGAGAUGUGAGGCCGGUGGCGAGUUGAAGCCUCGACUGAUCGAUGUGGCUGGACCCUAUAACAUCUACUCCUGCGCUAAAUCCGACGACGGCUGCUUGAAAAUAGAUGCAUCACCUGGACCUGGCGGCCAAUUCUCGUUUAGUGCGCGAUCCCAUUUGGGCGAGGGCAACACGAACCGAAUGUGCCCGCCGACAUCGGCACCGGAAUUGAAACAGAUGGGCAUGAAGAGGGGACACGAGUGUCCAAUGUGUCACGAGGAUGUGUCCUGGCUGCCAAAGAUUGCAGCCUGUCCGCAUUGCGGCUACAAGCCGCUGCCCCAGUUCGAGGAGAAGGAAUACGAUGAGAAAGCGACAGCCAAUGAUAUACUCGUUGACUUCUUUCAGCACAUUGACAGCGAAUCAAAAAGCUUGGAUUUGGGCUCUUCCAGCGGCUGCUCCAAGACCUGCAAUAAUCAAGCCUCGGAUAUCAAGACCGACGAAGCCUUCGAAACGAUUGUCCAUGAUUAUAAAUCCCUAAAGCAGAGCAUCAAGAAAUGCAAAAGUGCACAGCCAUGUACCAGCUCAUCCAAACGAUCGCAGAAAAAACAGCAAACCGAUUUAGUCAGUAUCUUCACGGAGAUGAAGAGGCUGUUCGAUGAUGGCUGCGAUGGAGCGGAUAAAAAUGCAAAGAUUAAGGAAAUCUGCGAUGACGCCUGCAGACUGGCCAAGGCCUCAAAGAAUCGUCGGGUCAGUAAGUCGACCUCGAAAAUGUCCGAACCCUGCGGCGCGCCCAAAAUGCGCAAGAGGCACAAGAUGGCGCACAAGUUGAACGUCAAGUCUAGGGUCUAUGCGCCCAUGGAGCCCGUCACUCAUCCGCGACAAGGCCAUGUCCACUGUCACGAUGACGAGCGCAAGGUGCCCGCCCACAUGGGCUGGUUGUGGACGCACAAUCCAUUGGCGAAGCGGCCCGGUUGGCGUCCCGGUGCGAUACGCCGUUCCAUUCGCGAGUUGAUGGGCUACUUCCUGAAGGAUUUUCCCGUGGAUAGCAUACCUAUCUCAAAGUAUAUGUCCUAUCACAAGCAUAAGAAACUGGCACCACAUGAUAGGGAGGAGAAGCCAGAGGAUCUGGUGCAGGUGCCGACGCUACAUAUUGAGAAGAAGAACGACGAGUAUCUUAUUACGCUGCGUCCGCUCAAGGAUCCGGAUACGCUAAAGCGUGCCGCCAAUCCUUAUGCGAACAUGAAGCCCGUGCAAUUCCGCAUCGUCAAGAAUCCGCUGCUGAAGCAGGUGAGGGAAAUGAAGCGGUGCCUGAAGAACAUGGGCUUCAGCAAGUGCAAGUGCCACAGGCCCGUGAUGCAGUGCUUCUGCCGCAGCUUCAUCGACAAGAAGCAGUUAGUCGAUGAGGUGCAGCGCCAGUGCCACAAGCGCGGCAUGCCCCACUGUGAGAACCAGCUGGUCCUCUCAGACACCACCGACAGCGAGGCGGAAUUUGAUUUUGGUGUAACGCCGCCAGCGGGCCUAAUGCAUCCAGAACGGCUGAAGACGGUCGAUGUGACCAAUACGGAGACCCAGUAUAAUGAAAAUGACUGGGCCAUGCCCACCAUGUAUCCACAUCCGCCCAAUCCCAAUGUACAGUACGGUGGCUGCGUUGUUGGCGAGCGUAAGGGUAAGUUCGCUUGGAUCUUUGGCAAGGGCUACGUACAUCGGACGCCAAAGCCUCCAAAGAUGCGCAAUCUGCCCAAGAAGAAACCAAAGAAGAAACUUCCCGGUUCGCCCAAGCCCCGCGAGAAAGGCGGUUACAAUAGCGACGUACAGACAAAGUAUUUCCCAGAAAGUGCGCGGAACGAGAACCAGCUAUAUGGGGAUCGCCUGCAACGCCUGAACCGAGCUGCCCAUCCACCGACAGCCAUGCAGUUCCAGCAGCUCCAAUCGCGAGUUUCUAUCGACUCACGAAAGGUGCGAUUUGCCAAUAGUAAAAGCGAAAGGUUCACUACGUAGUCCAUCGAAAUUUUUCAUUUUUCAUCUUUUUACGUUUUAAUUCAGAAAAUAUUCUAUUUCGUAUUUCACACAAUAAAUAUCGCACUUUU